GAGUCUGUAUUCGGUUCGACUCGGUCAGAGGUCUGAAAAUGCGUGCUGCUAAACUAGCCUUUUACCACUUUUAUUUUCAGAUGUAAUAAACGACUCGAAGCUUCCGUCUAAAAACUCAUAACGUCGUAUGUGGACAGACCCGUAAGAACAUAUUUUUUUUUUUACCGAUUUGUAACAUCGCCUUAGUCACUAGAAAUACCGUUGUUAAGGCUACAUAGGUAGCACGGCUAACGUUAGCUAGCCGAUUAGCAACCCGUUAGCGAAACAGUGUCGAAUACAUUGACACGAAACUAGUCAAUAACGGGACAAGAAUAAUGUUAAUAAACUAAACGCGGGUUAAUUCCAUGGAUUUAACUGGGUAAAAAAUAGCUAAAUUGACCACUUGAAUCGUCGACUUUUGGUUGACAAGCCGUUUUAAGUUAGUGAGUUGUGUUUGCUAAGUUGCUAGGUUAGCCAGCCACAUCACAACAUAACCUCUUGACAGCCUGCCAGCAGCUAGUUACCGUUACCGUGAGGACGGUCACCGGCCACCGGUCUCGCUUCUACAGACUGACAGUUAUGGAAGUUAAAUAACGAUAAAUAAACAACUCCAAAUUUAACUUGUUAAUUAUAUAUUUAAAACAAAAUGUCAGCCAGCGGUUUCUCCGACCUGCGGGAAAAGCUGAAGUCCAUGACUCCUCGGGACAAUUACAAAAACAGAGUUGCCGACAAGGACGAGAGUUUCAAAAACAGAAAAGUGAAAGUUACCGACGGAGGCAGUAGAAACGGGAACGGCCGGAAGCGGAAGCACCGAGAUUCCUCCGAGGAUGAGGUGGAACACAGCGACCCUGUGGAGUCCCGUGAGCAGGAGGCGAGGCGUGUCCAGAGUGGCAUUGUUCAGGUAGAGGUCUUCUCUAAAGAGGACUGUGAUGUCAUUGAGGGGAAGAUAAAUGAGGUGGUUGCUAACGGAGAAGCUGGGCUUUACCGGGAACACACUGUAGAUCGGGCUCCGCUACGGAACAAAUAUUUCUUUGGAGAGGGCUAUACAUACGGGGCCCAGCUAGAGAAGAGAGGACCGGGUCAGGAGAGAUUGUAUCCUAAAGGAGAGGUGAACGACAUCCCGUCCUGGGUUCACGACCUCGUCAUCACUAAACUGGUCGCCAGCGGGGUCGUACCUGAAGGCUUUGUGAACUCAGCGGUGAUCAACGACUACCAACCAGGCGGCUGCAUCGUGUCACACGUCGACCCGCUACACAUCUUCGCCCGGCCAAUCGUAUCCGUGUCCUUCUUCUCAGACUCGGCCCUCUGCUUCGGCUGCCGCUUCCAGUUUAAACCAAUCAGAGUGUCCGAGCCCGUCCUGGAGCUUCCUGUCAGGAGAGGAAGUGUGACUGUCCUCAGUGGCUACGCGGCUGAUGACAUCACCCACUGUAUCCGCCCCCAGGACAUCAAGGAGAGACGGGCCGUCAUCAUACUCAGGAAGACGAGGCCAGACGCCCCCCGUGUAGACCAGAGCCCCUCCCCUAACCCCUCCCCCCCUGAGAGACACGCCCCUCUGAAGGCCAAACGCUCUCAUCGCAGAGCUGACCCAGACGCUGCACACAGACCGAGGGUUCUGGAGAUGGAUAAGGAGGAGAAUCGUCACUCUUCCUCUUCGUCCCGCCUUCAUCGCCGUAGCAGCAGCUCGGAGAACUACUGGAGGCGGAGCCAAGACGGCGACGGGUCACGCAAGGUCAAGAUGAGACGUCACUGAACACCCCUGGCGGACUGGAUGGGCUCUGAGAGAGAGAGUUGGAACGUCACUCUGUAAACCCCCACCCCCCACUGCAUGCUAGGAUGGAUGGGACACGCCACGAGGCUGUCAGCCAAUCAGAGACUGGCCUGAGGACAGGGGUUACAGUAAGACUGUGGGAAGUUCUGUUGUUGCCACGCCGACCCCCCCAUGUCCCCACUUCCUCUGUGGAGAAGAUAGUAAAUGGUGUUUCUAUAGGAACUGACUCCUCCGUGAUUCAUUGGUCAGAGACCCAAUGGGGAAAUGAAUGGUGUUUCUGCCGGGGUUUCUGGGGGAUAUAAAAUAAGGUCUGAUGACGUUUAGUUCUAUGAGAUGAUCAGCAUUCCGCUAAUGUCACUUUCUGUUUGAAAAAUCACAUACAGACUUCAUAAUUCAUAAAGGUCCUGAUAUUAUCAUAGAAACACAACAUAUAGACUUCAUAAUUCAUAAAGGUCCUGAUAUUAUCAUAGAAACACAACAUAUAGACUUCAUAAUUCAUAAAGGUCCUGAUAUUAUCAUAUAACCACAACAUACAGACUUCAUAAUUCAUAAAGGUCCUGUUACCUGGCUGAUAUUAUCAUAGAAACACAACAUAUAGACUUCAUAAUUCAAAAAGGUCCUGAUAUUAUCAUAGAACCACAACAUAUAGACUUCAUAAUUCAUAAAGGUCCUGAUAUUAUCAUAGAAACACAACAUAUAGACUUCAUAAUUCAUAAAGGUCCUGAUAUUAUCAUAGAAACACAACAUAUAGACUUCAUAAUUCAUAAAGGUCCUGAUAUAUCAUAGAAACACAACAUAUAGACUUCAUAAUUCAUAAAGGUCCUGAUAUUAUCAUAGAAACACAACAUAUAGACUUCAUAAUUCAUAAAGGUCCUGAUAUUAUCAUAGAAACACAACAUAUAGACUUCAUCAUUCAUAAAGGUCCUGAUAUUAUCAUAGAAACAAAACAUAUAGACUUCAUAAUUCAUAAAGGUCCUGAUAUUAUCAUAGAAACACAACAUAUAGACUUCAUAAUUCAUAAAGGUCCUGAUAUUAUCAUAGAAACACAACAUAUAGACUUCAUAAAGGUCCUGUUACCUGACUGAUAUUAUCAUAGAAACACAACAUAUAGACUUCAUAAUUCAUAAAGGUCCUGUUACCUGGCUGAUAUUAUCAUAGAAACACAACAUAUAGACUUCAUAAUUCAAAAAGGUCCUGAUAUGAUCAUAGAACCACAACAUAUAGACUUCAUAAUUCAUAAAGGUCCUGAUAUUAUAGAAACACAACAUAUAGACUUCAUAAUUCAUAAAGGUCCUGAUAUUAUCAUAGAAACACAACAUAUAGACUUCAUAAUUCAUAAAGGUCCUGUUACCUGACUGAUAUUAUCAUAGAAACACAACAUAUAGACUUCAUAAUUCAUAAAGGUCCUGUUACCUGGCUGAUAUUAUCAUAGAAACACAACAUAUAGACUUCAUAAUUCAAAAAGGUCCUGAUAUGAUCAUAGAACCACAACAUAUAGACUUCAUAAUUCAUAAAGGUCCUGAUAUGAU